GUCAUCAUGCAGACCAUAUCGCUCAAUCAGCCGACAAUUGAGCAUAAAAAAGCUUUAGAAGCUUUAAAUUCUAAGAUCAUUAAAUCUAAACGUAUAAUUAUCGUCUCAGGCGCAGGAAUCAGUUGUAGUUCAGGUAUACCGGAUUUUAGAUCCCCAGAAGGUCUUUAUGCUUUAGUUAAAGAUAAAUUCGAUGGUAAAAUCGGUAAAGGUCAGGAUUUAUUCGAUGCUCAGUUAUUCAGAAACCCGUCAACUACUGCACUCUUCUACUCUUUCAUUGCACAACUAAAGCUGGCUUCUGACAAUGCGGCUCCUUCACCGACGCAUAAGUUCUUGAAAACCUUGGAGAUCAAGGGCAGACUUCUCCAUUCUUACACUCAAAACAUAGACGGUUUAGAGCAGCGUGUUGGUUUAAAAAACUUAGUCAACCUUCACGGUUCACUUAAUGAAGUCCGUUGUGCUAGUUGCUCAUUCGUCGGUGAAAUGUCAAAUGAUUACCUAAAUGUGUUCGCUAAUGGACAGUCACCUAAAUGCCCUCAAUGCGCUUCCAGGGCUAAUGAGAGAAAUACCCGUGGUAAAAGACCACUUGCAGUCGGAUGCCUACGACCUGGAAUCGUUUUGUACAAUGAAAAUCAUUGGUCAGGAGACUCAAUAGCUAAAGCUCAAACUGCAGACAGCAAAAAGAAACCAGACUUAUUAAUUGUGAUGGGUACUUCUCUUAAAGUACAUGGUUUAAAGCAAUUAGUUAAAGGUUUUGCUAGAACUAUUCAUCAAAAUAAUUUGGACAUCAAUGAGAAGUCUCGCAAAAUGCCAGGAAAUGUUGUGUUUGUCAAUGCAACACCAGCCGCGGGUAAAGAAUGGUCAUCAGAUCUGGAUUAUUUUGUUCAUGGUACCUCUGAUGACUUUGUUAAUAGAUUAGUUAAUCAAUGGAAAGCCACCAGACCCCAGGACUGGCAAGUUCAAACCAAAAUUACACAGACACAUAAUGUUGCUAAGAGUAUUAAACCUGCAACCGCUAAGAAGACUUUACCGCCAUCUGGUGACUCAAAUGAAGACAGUAAAAAUUCCGAUGGUCCUAGCGAGCCUGUUAUUGAUGAGAAUCAGAUAAGUACGGGGUUUGAUUCGCAGCAACAACGUUCCUGCCAUCAACCAGAACAACACAAAGAAAGCCCAAUGAAAUCUUUACAAGAAAUUAAUAGCUUAGACACUUUACAAGUUUCUCCGAAAUCAAGGAAAAGGAAUACAGUAACUUCAUCAACAAUUAAGCGUUCAGUCUCUUCGACUCAGAAGAGUUCAAUGGAUGUAAGCAUUCUCAAAAAGAAUAAAAGUGAAGACUUUGCGAUAAACUUUGAUCUUAAAAUUGGCGACGGCUCUGAAACAGAACCUGAAGAAGAUACUGUGGAGACACAACCAACUAAUCUAUCUCCGGUUGUCUUUGAGCCUGCCAGAAGAAGUAUAAGAAUCAGAAAUCACUUCACCACCGUUACUGCUACCGCUUAA